CAGGGAGAAUAUUCUCUCUCUCGCUCUCUCUCUCUCUCUCUUUGUCUGUCUGGAAUAAUAUUCAUUUUCUUGGCACAAAUUAACAUUGACAUUUAUGUAUUUAAACUCGAGCUAGACGGGGAAAAGCCUUCAUCUAUCCACGCAUUUUGUUGACGCAGCCAAGUUUGAGGACAUCUCUUUUCCGCCCCCACGCUUUCUAGGGUGGUUGGCGUAACAGUGCACUACAAACUAGGAAAAGACAAAAAUGCUUCGCUGCAGGAAAUGCCGCAAGGUUGUCAUCGAAAGUCUGCAAGAGUCUGAGGUUACCAAUGAAAAUUCAGAGGUGGCUUGCAACAUUUGGCACAUGGAUGUUGACGCGCUUCCAGAUUGGAUACUGACCUCAAUCCACCAGGCCCAGUGGACUGUGGGGAGGCUGAACUGUCAGAAGUGUGGGGCUCGCUUGGGAGGCUUCAACUUCAUCCAUCGUGUUGAAUGUCCUUGCGGCAGGGACACCACUGUGCACUUCAGCAAAUGUCGCGUAGACCACGACCACAAGCAGAACCUUCUCAUAGUCCAUCCUAGAUGGACAAGACCGAACAAGAGCCUGCUGCUUACAGAUGGCUCUCAGGCUGAAUACGAGAGGUGGUUUGUGAAUGGUUUACAGCUCGACUCUAUUGCUGUCACGCCACUCCCUGACCCCGACGAAGCCGCAAAAGUAAUUACAAAAAGAGACUCGGUAAGCAGGUCUUCACCGUUCCCUGUGCUGUAUCCCAUGGACAAAGAUGAUGAAGCUGCCUUCAGUGCUGUUACCGGCUGCUCAUCUGUGUCUGCUGCAAGAGAGGCGCCUCUGGAAUGUCAGAUGGUGCACACUGUGGAACAUGAGGGAUCAUCUGCAGAAAAUUCCCAAGACGAUGUCUCACUGUACCUUCGAGGGACACCAAUGUCUUACAGUGCACGCGAGCAGGAAGAGACGAUGGUGCAUGGAACCGUGCCGGCCUCCAUAGUAUUACACAGGCAAAGCAAGAAGGAAAAGAACCACCUGAAGAGCCGGCGGAGGAAACGGAGGCGGCGGGAGCUAUGGCUGCAGAGGCAGGCCAACAGUUUGAGUGAUUUGAUGCUCAACAGUGAAGAGGACGAGGAAGAGGCGGGGGACAGGCAAGGCCUCACAUGUGCAGUGUGUCUCGACGUCUACUUCCACCCUUACAGCUGCCAACCCUGCAGUCACGUCUUCUGCGAGCCGUGUCUCCGCAAGCUCGCCAAGAACCGAGAGGAAAGCACACCUUGCCCUCUCUGCCGCGCCCUCAUCUCGCACACUGAAUUCCACGCAGAGCUCAGUCGGAAAGCAAAAGCGUCUUUCCCGAGAGUGUACCACGCUCGCGAGCAGUACUUCCAAAACGCCUCAUGUGUUAAAUGGCCCCUGCCCAGCUACCGAACACCCUUCUUUAACCUCUGGGGAUAUAGGAGGUAUGCAGUAAGGGCUCACAGAAGUUGGCACUUCGCCCAUGUCAGCUUCACCCUGCAGGCUUUCGACCUCGCCGACGUGUGUGGCUGGUUCUUUGGUAUCAGACUGGCUAACUGGAUGAUGGCUUUCCUGUUCCUCACUUUGCUCUUGUACUACUUCUAUAUUUAACCCCUGGAAGAACAUUUAAUAGUUUGCAAGGAAGCUUUAAGUUUCAUUUUACUUUUUGGAAAAAAGUUUUACUCCUUUUUAACUGUGUAGAUGCAUCCAGCCUAAAGUUAAAUCUUUCAUUUUAGUGCUCACAUUUCUCAGAAAAAGCUAAAGUUGACAAGUACCGUAAUUUCUUGUGUAUAAUGCACACCCUUGUAUAAUACGCACCCCCAAAGUUGACCUCAGAAUUCUGGAAAACCCUUCUACUUAUGUAUAUAAUGCAUUUUUACAAUGCAUGAUUUUGCUUUUACUCAUAUGAUCAAAACAUGAAGUCCAUCUAUCCAUUUUCGGUACCGCUUAUGCUCAGUAGGGUUGCAGGCAUGCAGGAGCCAGCUGACUCUGGGCGAGAGGCGGGGUACACCCUGAACUGGUCGCCAGCCAAUCUCAGCAAAACAUGAAGUAUUAUCUGUAUUUUGUUGGGUUUUUCAAAUAAUUAUUCUGAAGUUAAGCACUUUAUUUGAACAUGUAAUACUUUCUUUUUAUUUACUUGCUCUUAUUUUGAAAUUCACAGCCCUACUAUCAUUUAGUAAAUGAGAAAACACACAGUUGUGCUCAUAUGUUUGAUUACCCAGGCAGAAUAUGUAUGAUAGGUACAAUAAGUUUAAAAAAAACUUUAAAAUUAAUUUUUCAUAAAAUUUUUAUUUUAAUAGGAUUCAAAUUAAACUGUGAACCAUUUCAGAAAAGCAUUAUCAUCAAACAAAACAUAACCGUAAAGAAAUUAAUGAUGGUGGUUGUCAUCAGUCGUAUUAAAAAAGAAAAAAGAAAUUCUGCCAGAUUAUGUAAAUUCAUGAGCACAACUGUACAUAUUAUGCAGUCAUACAUACCUCUGUCAUUGAAUGUAAGUGUAGUCUA